AUGGCCAACGUUUACCUCCCACUAAACCCGACGACUGCAUUCCUGGACUUCGAGUUAGCUGCCCACAACGCCCUUCGACAAGUCUUCCCUGCAGUCAACAUCCGUGGAUGUUUUUUCCACUACACCCAGUGUAUUCGGAAGAACGCCCUGACCAACGGCCUAAAGAUACCCUGCCGCCUUGUGAGAUUAGUAGCAGUACAACCCCUUGUACCACUGGACUGCGUUGAGGAUGUUUGGUUCAACGCCCUGGAGGAACUGGAGGAUGCUGAUGUACCCUGCGACACAACCCGCUUCACUGAUUACGUCGUCACUCAUUGGAUAGAAGGAAACAAACGCAUGUGGAACCAUCACGACACGGAAGGACCCAGAACCACCAACCAGCUGGAAGCUUGGCACGGGAAGCUGAAGAAGAACCAACACUCCCACCCGAACAUCUACACACUGAUCCGAAUAUUUCAGGAGAUACAGGCAGUCAACGAAAUUACCAGGAUAUAG